GCGUCCCUGGGGCCCCAUCCCCGUCGGGAGCCGGAGCAAGACGGAGAGGGUGGUGGAGCAUCGGGCCAAAGGCCGCGCCCCCAUGAAGGAGAAGGAGGCGGGGGCGGGCGGGGAGCGGGGCAAGCCGGCCACCUACACCGGGGACAAGAAGGCGCGCAUGGCGGCCAAGACCAACAAGAAGUGGGUGCGCCUGGCCACCGUGCUGGCCUACGUCCUCUCCGUCUCGCUGGCCGCCAUCGUCCUGGCCGUCUACUACAGCCUCAUCUGGCAGCCCGUGCGGGGCGGCGGACAGCAGCACGCCCAGCCGCAGCCCCCGGGGCCGACCAGCCCGGGCCCCGGCUCCGUGGCGCCUGGCCUCCACUCCGAGAGGACGACUGUGCCCGAGGAAAAACCCAGCCCGACGGCCGCGGCCCAGCCCGCCCCACUGGGCAGUAGCGACUGA